CCGCGUCAAAAGGCAUAGAGCCAGAAUCCUAGAUAGGAGAGCUUUGGCAAAAACUCUAUGGUCCAAAGCCCUGACUUCCGAGAUAAGUGCAACUGCGGAGGACCCGCCGACUGUACGUCGCAGAGAAACGGAUCCAGCAGAAGUGGAAAUCUGCCACAUGCUCUAAUUCCCCAUUGUGGCGCUGCUCCAUCCCUUGGAUUUUUAAUGAUACAAUCCAUUUAUCCUUUGCCUUUGUUGUUGUACGUUAGGCUCACACAGGCGGUCCAAAUUCCUUAUUUAUUUAUUUGGUAUCCUGGGGCAGAAGAGAGCGAGCGAGCUGUGCGGAGACCUCCACGAGCGGAGCUUAACCGUGGCUGCACAGUGUGCACAUCAGCCGCUGCGAUAUCAGCAGUAACAGGAGUUGCUGCAGUUUCACAACCGGAUCUUAUUUCGUGCGCAAAAUUUCGAUUCCCCCCUCCCCCGCUUUUACGUAUUUUUUUUUAAAGGCACUGGACACAAGCCAAGAUCCAUUAAAACAAAAGUACAACUUAAAACCAUUAAAGCAACAGUAUAAAAGCAAAAGAUUCAGAGGAUUCAAAUAAAACAGCGUCCAAUAGUAUGGGUCAGCAGGGAGAGCUUGAGUAAAAAGAGAUGUAUUUGCUUUUUUAAGUUUUGAAAUAUUUAAAUACGCAGCACCCUUGCAUGCGAUUUCUUUUUUGGGCGGCGGGGGGCGGGUUGGAAAGCCAAACGAACCUCAGCUCCACCUCUAUGGUAAAUGUACAAGUCUGACUGCAACCUGAGAAAUCCUUGUAUUCUGCCUCGUCUUCCCAAUACUAAUAGCCGUUGUGACCAUUCUACCCUUUUCUAUCUCUGUGCAGAGAAGGAAUUCCGCUGCGGGCGGGAGGCGCUAAUAAGGCUUGGCGGUCGUGUCGCGCGAGCCUUUCCUUCCCGCCCUUCCGUCUAUCAGGGCAACCAAAGACUUAUGGGAGCAGCUGGGUAGAAAUGCUUCCGGCUACUUUUCCCGAAAAUGCUUCCGGAAGAGGCGGGAUGGCGGCUGCGCAUUUUGAGGCGGGGUACACGCUGUGACCAGAGGCGGAUACGAGCAGUCGGCCGAGACCCCAGCCCGGAGCGCAGAGAGCGCGGCCUGUGGAAGAGACAGGUGAGCAAGCGGCAGGAGGGCCGGCCGCUCCGGGGCGGCCUACGAGCGGGAGGAGGGCCGCUCUGUGACCGACGCCCGGCAGGCCGAGACGGAGUCUCCCCAUCCCGUUCCUCGGCUGCCGCGCGAGGGGACCGCGGGGCCUCUUCCGACGUGAGGCAUCGGCUUCCCGGCCGCGCUUCUCUUGGGACACAGGCCUCCCUCGGUGAGGUGCGGGUUAUGUCACAAAAGGACACCCUCCCCCCCACCGCCGCCGCGACGCCUCUCCUUAAGUUGCGCUUUGUCACACAGCCCCCACGUUUGGUGUUUCGGGGGGAGAACUAGUCAAUAACCGUCCGCAGGGGAACUGGACGGAGAAAAACGAGAGGGUUUCAUAGCGAUGUAGUUGUUGCGGCGACCAUAAUGUCGGCCCAGAACACAGAGAGUGACAAGGAUGUUUCUAAGCAGCGUUCUGCAAACAUGCGUGUCUGGUAUGUUUUCCUUUUUUCUGCCAGUUGCAGGAAAAUGGGAAAUUUUUCCGGUACCAGAACAGUCUAAAUAGAUGUUACUGUUCGCCAUAUCAUGAUUCGGUUUGGGCUGUUACAAUUUAAUAAAUUGUCUCUCGAUAUAAUUUUUUAGGAUGCCUGGACUAAGUUGUAGGUUUUACCAGCAUAAAUUUCCAGAAGUUGAAGAUGUGGUCAUGGUCAACGUCCGCUCCAUUGCAGAAAUGGGAGCAUAUGUUAGCCUACUGGAAUAUAACAACAUCGAGGGCAUGAUUCUGCUCAGUGAGUUGUCCAGAAGACGUAUCCGUUCUAUAAACAAACUCAUUCGAAUUGGAAGAAAUGAAUGUGUUGUUGUCAUAAGGGUGGAUAAAGAGAAAGGUAAGUUAAAAUUCUAGAGUGUUAUUUCAAAUUCUGAGUAUGCAGUCUAAUUCAUUCUGUCAUAGCCUACCUGUAGCUGGCUUCUAUAUAGAAAAGUAAAGUGGGUUUGUAAAACUUUUCUUCCUGAAACAAGAAGUGUUUUCUGCUGCCUUUAAGUAGAUAAAAGUGGCAUUUUUAUGAGUUUAGAAGUUGUGUUGAAUCCUCACUGUUUUGAGAUAUAUCAUUUUGUAUUAAUUAGGUUAUAUUGACUUGUCAAAAAGAAGAGUCUCUCCAGAAGAGGCAAUAAAAUGUGAAGACAAAUUCACCAAAUCAAAAACAGUAAGUUACCAUAUUAUUGGUUAUUCUAGUACUUUGCAGAAUGGAAUGGGUGUAAAUUCUACUGUUAACUGUGUACAUGAUAUUCUUAUGUUUGAAAAAAUGUACCUUGAGUUAUUUUGCUUCAUGAUGCAGGUGGGGAACCUGUAGCCCUCCAGAUGUUGGAGUGCAGCUCUCAUCAUCCCUAGUCAUUGACCAUGCAGAUGAGGGGUUAGGAAUCUGUCAUCUGGAGCAAGGGUAGCCAGUGUAUAUGCUCCAGAUGCUUCUGAACUCACAUCAGCCACAGCUAGUAUUGCCAGUGGUGAUGGGAGUUGUAGUCAGCUAUACUGUGUGGGCACCAUGUUGCCAACCCUGAUCCGCAGGGCCACAGGUUCCCCACCCCUGCAAUGACAGUUUAUGCAGUAGUGUUAAUAAUUGUUUAGAGUGUUUAGGACUGGCAAGAACUUUUCUAAGCCUGAUUUAAAUGAACAAGAGCAUUGAGAAGAAAUGUGAUAUAUAUUGUUCUGUAUUACUGAAAAUGCCUCUGAAUUUACCUGCAUGAAAGUGAUUUUGUGUGAACUUUUGUCUGUUUCAUCUUAGUUAUUUAUAAAAAUUAUAUACCAUUGUAUCAUAAAAAAUACCACAGCAGUUUACAAUAUAAAAAAAUAAAACCUGACAGUGACAUCAGAAAAUGUUAAAAACAAGUUAAAAGCAAAAAGAAAUUGAAAACCAACAUCCAUGGACCAUUGUGGGGGGUAUACUCUUAAUUGUCUUCAUAGGCCUGGAGGAAUAGUUAAGUUUUCAGCAGGCAUUUAGAAGUUGGCCAGAAGGUGUCUGUUGAAUCUCCAUUGGUAAGACAUUCCACAGGACUGAUGCUAAAGGCUCGGUUUCUCAUUCUUGUCAGACACCAGGCGAAAGCAUUUCUCUAUUACCAGGCUGUUGGUUGAGUAAUCACUCCAUGGGCUUUUAAAUGUGUUUGUGGGAGGGGAGUUAUUGACUUGCUUUAUUAUUAUGUUUUUUUGUGUUCUCAUUUUAUAUUUUUUUAUGUUGUGAACUGCCCUGUGAAAUUCAGAUGAAGAGCGGUAUACAAAAUUAAUAAAUAAUAAUAUUCUAGAACAGGUAACUUGCCAAUUUCCUGAAUAUGGGAGUCACCCACCCAAAGAGCCUCCAUCUUCCCAUGAUUUAAACAGAGUCCAUCACUGAAUCCAGACACCAGUCCAAAACUUUCACAGCCUCUCCUGAUUCAGAUGUUAAUGGAGAAAUAGAACUGCAUGUCAUCAACAUACAGUGGUACCUCGGGUUAAGUACUUAAUUCGUUCCGGAGGUCCGUACUUAACCUGAAACUGUUCUUAACCUGAAGCACCACUUUAGCUAAUGGGGCCUCCUGCUGCUGCUGCGCCGCCAGAGUACGAUUUCUGUUCUCAACCUGAAGCAAAGUUCUUAACCUGAAGCACUAAUUCUGGGUUAGCGGAGUAUGUAACCUGAAGCAUAUGUAACCUGAGAUAUCACUGUACUGGUGACACCUCAAUCCAGAAUUUGAUAUAUAAAGAAAUAGAAGGGAGAGCCAUAGACUUGAUGUGUUAAUUUGCAUGAACAACACUGAUAUUUGUUGGACACAAUUGUUUUUAUAUUGCAUACAAAUGCAAGUUGUAGUUCAAUGUGCAAUAUACAGCAUGACUAUAAACGUAAGAGAGUACUGGCUCCAUUUCAGAAUUUCAUGAAGAAUAUUAAAGAAGCUGGCAAAAUUUCAGUGUAGUGUGAUAAUAUGAUGUAGCUUUAUAAUGGUUAGGUGGGUGUGGUAGCAUGUUCUUCUGUGCAACCUUUUCCUACUGUUGAUGGUUUCUGCACCAAGAUGAGCAUUUGUAAGUGGUUUUGCACUUGAGUCUCAGUUGGAUCUCCCACAUCUGCAGUUUGCAUUGCCCAAAAAGUUUUAAAUUGAUCCUUGUUGGACAGUGCCAGUAGCAAGGAUGGAGGAUCCUAAUCCAAAUUGGGAUGGAACAAAGGGCAAAAGAGCCUCUACCUCUCUUUCACUCUCACGCACACCAGGGGGCCAAAGCAGAUUGGACUUCCAGCACCUGCAGUUUGCUGCUUUCCCCACUUCUUCCUUUAGGCAUCACAAGGGGAGGGACAGGGCCAAAGAGGAGAGGACCAGAUGGGAAGCCUCAGAGGAUCCCUUCUAGGCUGGAGGUUUUGUCCCCCUGGGAUACACUUGUUUUACUGUAUUGUACUGCAGUAAAAUUAAAAUAACUACACAGAUUUUUAUUUAAACUUUUUUUGGGGGGGGGUGUUUGGUGGCCUCAUUCACAUAUCACAGUAAGCCAAACUAUGACUUACUGGGACCACACAAACAUUCCAGAAAGGAGCUUGCACCCUCCUUGCUCCUUAGUAUAGUGCAGCACUUAUACCAGCAUCUGACUUAGCUGAGAUAACUAUUAGAUGGAUUUGUAACUGGUUGACUGACCAAACCCAAAGAGUGAUCAAUAAUGGUUCAUCAUUGUCAAAAAAAGGUGACUGGUGGGGUGUUGUAGGGUUCUUUCCUGGGCCCAUUGUUCAGCAUCUUUAUAAAUGACUUGAAUGAGGAUAUUGAGGGGAUGCUCAUCAAAUUUGCUGGUAACACCAAACUGGGAGGGGUAGCCAAUGUCACAGAGGACUGAAUCAGGAUCCAAGAUGACUGUAGUAGAUUGGAGAACUGGGCCAAAACCAACAAAACACAUUUCAAUAGGGACAAAUGUAAGCUUCUUCACUCAGGCAGGAAGAACCAGCUGCACUAAUAUAAGAUGGGAGACACCUGGCUUGCCAGUAGUCCAGGUGAAAAGGAUUUGGGGGUCUUAGUAGACCACAAGCUUAGCAUGAGUCAACAGUGUGAUGCAGCUAAAAAAACCUAACACUGUUCUAGGCUGUAUCAACAGAGGUAAAAUGUCCAGAUCAAGGGAAGUAAUAGUACUUUGUCCAAGCUGGAACAUGUGCAGAGGAGGGCAACCAAGAUGAUCAAGGAUCCUGAAACCAAGCCUUAUGAGGAAUGGUUGAGGACAUUGGGUAUGUUUAGACUGGAAAAGAGGAGAUAAUACAGCCAUCUUCAGAUAUCUAAAGGGCUGUCACAUGAAAGAUGGAGCAAGCUUGUUUACUCCUGCUCCAGAGGGUAGGACACAAACCAACGGAAUCAAGUUACAAGAAAGGAUAUUCCGACUAAACAUCAGGAAGAUCUUUUUGACAGUAAGACCUGCUUGACAAUGGAACACGUUCCCUAUGGGACUCUAUUUCUGUGGAGGUUUUUAAGCAAUGGUUUGAUAUUCACCUGUCAUGUAUGCUUUAAUUGAGAUUCCUACAUUCUAGAUGACCCUCUGGGUAUCUUCCAACUCUACAAUACUAUGAAUCCUCCUUGGCCAUGGUUAGCUGCUAUGUAGAGCUAAAAGAACUGGGGCGGAGCAAAGUGGCUUGUGUUCUCCUUACCGGGGGCCAGCAUCUUUGUGUUAAUCCAUGGUUUGACUUAGUGUUAGGUGUGAAGGUAGCCAGUGUUUCUUUCAAAAAGGGUAUUUUAAUGUGCAAAAUGCACAAGCAAUUGUCACCCUUUUGUAUUUUUUCAUAUGAAUUAUUCUCCACAUUGGAAGUAAUUGUAUGCAUUUUUGAACGUUUUCCUUGUUGUAUGUAGGUUUACAGCAUCCUUCGCCAUGUUGCUGAGGUUUUGGAAUACACAAAGGAUGAACAGCUGGAGAGCCUGUUCCAGAGAACUGCUUGGGUAUUUGAUGACAAGUAUAAAAGGCCUGGAUAUGGUGCAUAUGAUGCUUUCAAGCAUGCAGUGUCGUAAGUUCACUACUUUUCCAGCUUGUAUUACCCCAAUCACAAAUGUUUCAGUGGGUUUAGUUUGUUAUAAAAUGUCAUAUGCAACAAACCUUCUUUGCCUGACUGAUCACCAAAUGUCAGUUCAGAUACAGCUACUUUUGGUAAUGUUUAGAUUUUAAUGAGGUUUAAGGGAAAAUAAGAGGGACGCGGGUGGCGCUGUGGGUUAAACCACAGAGCCUAGGGCUUGCCAAUCAGAAGGUCGGUGGUUCGAAUCCCCGCGAUGGGGUGAGCUCUGGUUGCUCGGCCCCUACUCCUGCCAACCUAGCAGUUCGAAAGCACGUCAAAGUGCAAGUAGAUAAAUAGGUACCGCUCCGACGGGAAGGUAAACGGCGUUUCCGUGUGCUGCUCUGGUUCGCCAGAAGCGGCUUAGUCAUGCUGGUCACAUGACCCGGAAGCUGUACGCUGGCUCCCUCAGCCAAUAAAGCGAGAUGAGCCACGCAACCCCAGAGUCGGUCACGACUGGACCUAGUGGUCAGGGGUCCCUUUACCUUUAAGGGAAAAUAAAUAUUAAAGACUACAGAAUAGCCUGCAGGACUACCUUUCUGCAUUCGUUUCUUGUUCAUGCUUAUUGCUAUUGAUGGAAUGUUUAUUCAUAUUCAAACAUGUUCCUGAGAAGGCUUUGCAAGAAUCCUUCAUUUCACUGGUCUAUUUGAAAUGGAUUUGUUUUGUAUCAAAUUCAUGUGGUCACAUGAGCCCCUACCUGCAAACUGAAUUAAGGCAGUUGAGAUACCAUAGAGCACUACAAACUUAACAGCCAUAGCAGAAUGUGCAGAUGAAGUUAAGACUAAUGAUGCACAAGGUCUGCUUCUAUGAGAUUAGUAUGUUUAAAUAGCAAGUAGUUUACUCAGGAAUAGGUUUGUGUUAGAUUUUAACUGCUUAGAUAAAUGAUAGCAAGCUGUUAUAUGUAUGGAAUUAUAUUUGGAAACAUGUAUAAAAUUCAAAGUGUCUGUUAUGGUACAGGGAGGUUCUUUUGUAAAAAUUCUGUUUUUAUGGUAUCUAACUCCCCGUUAGCCUUAAUAAAAUGUAUACAGGGCAUAGUAACGCUUGUUGAAGAUGAAAUUGACAUAGCUGCAGUGCUUUUUUUGCGGGGGGGACACCAAGGGUACGCAUACCCCUAGACAUUUUGUGAAUCUAAGUUUGGCACCAUUGAGGGGCAGUAUUUCAAUAUGAGUAGGAAAAGAAGAGUACCCUUAAACUUUAUUUUAGAAAAAAAGCACUGCAUAGCUCAGAUGGAUUUAAUAUGUUCUGGUAAUGGUCUGAAAUAAAGAAAACACUACUUUUCUAUAAUAAAUUAAAUAUAAAAUAUAACUAGUUACAGUAUACUACAUCAGAGUCAGAGAACAAAGAUUACAAGAUAGUUGUUUCACUGAAAAAUGGACUAAUGUACUAGACUAAUAAGUGCAUGUACACAGUGAUACCCUUAUUAAGAAUAUUAUAAAAUACAAUUUUUAAAGGAUGUAACAGUUUAAAUUUAUGUCAAUAAAACAAUUGUUAUAAAAUAGUAAUUUGGGGGUUUUUAUAAAAAAAUUUCUCUUGAGAGAAUGUAGACAUACUUUUUGUUUACAAUAUUUAAAGUUAUAUUAAAAAGUUACAUUUUGUAGUACUGCUUGGACAGUAUUGUAUUGUAAAUUGUGCUUACAAAUAAAUGAUGGCUUGAAUGAUUUAGGCCAGUACCUAUUUCUUAGCCAUAGGCAGGAGAAAGACUGGAGAACAUGUUCACGCAAAUCCCUCCUGCUUUCCAUUAUCAGUGUUGAGAAAUGCCUCAGUGUUGGUCCUUUCUCUCCUGUUAAAAUGCAUUUUAAGGAAUGCUGGCAGGCUUACAUUUAUGGGUCUUUUACUAGGGAUCCUGCAAUCCUUGAUGGACUGGAUCUGACAGAAGAUGAGAAGCGUGUGCUAAUUGAUAAUAUCAAUAGGCGCCUGACACCACAAGCAGUCAAAAUUCGAGCAGGUAAGUCCCCAGAACGGAACUGAUUAAAGAAACGAGGCUUGUUAAUUUAGACUGAGCUUCUUAUGGAAGAAUAUCCUACAUGGAUGAAUAAAGAUAUGCUUGGUGAGUCUACUUUGACAACAAGUUUUCUGCACAUAUGUUGUACAAAAUGUUGUGAAUGAGAUCACACAAAUAAGCUGUUUGACUGGAUUCCUGUAAAACUACCUGAAGCUUGUCAUUCCUUGCCUUUAGAGUUUAUAGUUGUGAGUUACUUGAGCAAUCUAACUAGUCAUUUAACUUUUCAUGUUUUUAACUUAGGACUUCCCUAAAGCUUCUUGAAGGAAUAUGACAGUCUCAGAGCUAAUUAUGCUAUUAUGCAAGAUCAGGCUUGACCGCAGCAAUACUAGUUGCAUGUUAUGAAUCACUGGGGAGUGGUUGCAGGAUUGUUGAGACUAAUCCUGACAUGUCUGCUAGCUCAUAAACUAGUGCUACACGGAAAUUCUGUCUGAAGAAUAAAACAAGUUAAAAUGGGAAGCACAAGGGCUUUUUUGCAUCUCUUUUAUGACCACGUUGAACAGUGCAGGAACUAGGACAGAGCCCUGUGGCACCCAGUUUGACAUGAAGUCAUUCUCAUUAGGCUUGGAUGUUCAGCCAGCUGUGGAACCAUCUAACUGAAGUAUUGUCAUGCCCAUAGUUUGCCAUCUUGUUAACAAGAUUACUUUGCAAGAGUCUGUAUGGACUGUGUGCACAGUGUUCUAUUGAUCUAUCAGACAAGCCAUGUCUUAGCUACGAAGUUUCAGUGCACUUGUUCUGAUUAGAGAUAAAUUUAUGAGAGGGGUAUUAAAAUACAGAGGGCUGAGUAAUAAUAGAAUAAAUGACAGGUUUUAAUCUCUUUCUUGGGUAAUAUUUUAUCUGUGUUUUAACGUAAUCUGUCAUUAUGACCCAUUUAGAUAUUGAAGUUGCCUGUUAUGGCUAUGAGGGUAUUGAUGCAGUGAAAGAAGCUCUCAGAGCUGGCCUGUGCUGUUCCACAGAAAGCAUGCCUAUCAAAGUAAGUGACAGCCAAGAUGUGUGUUCUGGAAAACUAUGAAUAUGAGAAAUUUGCAGCGUCCUGCAUCAGCUGUGACAUUGGGUGAUACCUGCUUGUGGUUUUAACACACGCAUUCAUGAUAGACCUCAUGUAAAUUGUGUGUGUGAUGGAGAAGGGUGGUGAGGUGAGAGAAAUCCUCUCGGAGUACUCCACUUGAGAGGAAAUCUAGUUAUGACUUUGGGAAUGUCCCCAUUUUACUGCGGGUAUUAUGUUACAGACAACUCCCGAUUUGUGCAGGGGUUGUAUUCCGGAUCGUCACUUACGACAGCAGGGCACAUGUAAGCUUGCCCUGUUAUGCCCUCUUCCGUGUCUCACAACAGCACGCAUGUAGCUUGAACACAUGCAAAAUAGCUGUUGCCUGUUUUUAUUUCACAUUGUUGCAUUUUUACUAUGAACCGUUUUCCGUUACUGGAGCGAAAAUCGUUGCAAGAGAAAACAAGACACAGUUAUGUCCUCUUUUGCUCAUUACUCAUUACUGUAAUAUCAAAGUAGCAUUUUCCACACAUGCUGGAAAUCCCAUUUUUCUCUGUGGUGGUACAAUAUUUUUUCCAGACUUGUAGGCUUGUUUUUUGCACACCUUUUGUAGAUUAAUCUGAUAGCUCCUCCUCGAUAUGUGAUGACCACAACAACACUGGAGAGGACUGAAGGCCUUUCUGUCCUUAGCCAAGCCAUGGCUGUUAUCAAAGAAAAGAUUGAAGAGAAAAGGGGAGUCUUCAAUGUGCAGAUGGAAGUAAGUAUACUGCAGUCUCUUCUCCUAACCAGUGCUGGUUGCUAACCUGAAGACCAGCUUCCUGCUCCUUCAAAUUUUAGGGAUUGUGGACCCCAACUUUGGAGAAAGAAAGAUACUCCCAUCCAAUCCACUAUCUUGUGUUUAUUUCACUUGUCACUUUUCACAAAAAAAUCCUCCAAAUGGCUUAUAGACUUUAACUAAAAUACAACAUUUGAACUAGAAUAAUGAUUCAAAACAAAAUGCACAUUUUAAAACCAGAAUAGCAAUACAUUAAAAGCGACCAAACACUAAUUAUAACUUAACAACAAAUACUCCACAGUAGUUCAGGAAUUGGUGACUUCAAGAUUAGAUUACUGCAGUGCACUCUGUGUGGCUUCCCAUGCCCUUGAUCCAGUUUGUGCAGAAUGCUGCAGCAUAGUUAUGAACAGGAGUGAGACCCUUUCAGCAUAUAGAACCCCAGAGAUCUGCACCGGUUGCCAUAUCAGGCCGAGGUCAAGGUGUGUUGUGGUAGCUUGAGCUUCCAAAAAAUUUACUUGUCCAUUAUUUUUAGUACUUGGACCAUACUGUUAAUAUCCUUAUACCGUAUCUGAAUACCAUCUUUUUGUGUACCCUGUACUUUGGUGCUGAGGGGAGGUGUCUUUCUUUAGGGACUCUUAUUUAACCUUGGUCAGCCAUACAUUAGUCAGAACACUACAGCAUCCUUCUCUCCCAUCUUUCCACUUUCCUUCCCUUGCCCUGAAAAGUGGCUUACAUGGGUCUGUUAGGACUGGGGAAUAGUUUGCAAAGAAAGGUUAUGUGAAGGUAAAGUCACCAGCUCUGCAGCUGACAGGUUUUCAGGUUGCUCAUUUUGUCCAGCAGGGGGUAGGGUGCGCUUUCUUCACCGCAGUUGCUUUGUUCCUAACUUUAGCAUAGCAGCAGAAGCUGACAUCUUAAUAGAAAAUAUGCUAAAGGAUUAUUAAACACUAGCCGUAUUUUCAGCACACAAUUGAUACUGAUCCUUCCAUUUAUUAGAAAUGUCACUUCUUCUUAUCUCAAGUAGAAAGAUACAGUGGUACCUCGGGUUAAGAACUUAAUUUGUUCUGGAGGUCCGUUCUUAACCUGAAACUGUUCUUAACCUGAAGCACCACUUUAGCUAAUGGGGCCUCCCGCUGCUGCCACGCCGCCGCCACACAAUUUCUGUUCUCAUCCUGUAGCAAAGUUCUUAACCCUAGGUACUAUUUCUGGGUUAGCGGAGUCUGUAACCAGAAACGUCUUUAACCUGAAGCGUCUGCACGCUGAGGUACCACUGUACUGGAAACUGUAUAUGUAGAAUGCCUACGAGUAAAUUCUGCUUGUCUUCUGCAAACAUUGAAACCACACAACUGGCUGCUAUUGGGAAUUCAGCCCAAACGCUGAUUCCAGGGGAAACUAUACUCUCAGAGCACAAUGCUCCAUCGCAGGUAUGAUUUGGAUUUAAAGUAGAGCACUUUUAUGUCUUGUGAGAGAACUCCACUUAAGUUGUUGGGUAGUAUCUCAUAUACUAUCUCCAGGUUUAACCUGCUCAGCCAGUAUAAAACAUGAGUAUUAUUAUUUAUUAUUAUAAACUGUCUCAAAGCAAUUUGACAGAAUAAAAUACAACACAAAAAAGCUAUUUAGUAGCGGCAACAGUUGGAAAAGGUACUGCAGGGAACUGGGUGGUGAUCUUAAGACUACAGUCGCAAACCAGGCAGCAUGCUGCAAACUGAGCUGUAGUGAAACCUCCUUGAGGACUCAGUCCUGCACAUAAGUGUUUGAGAUGGAGCUUCGACAGCAUCAUUUGCAGGACAUUAUUACAAACUACUGCUGUUCAUUGGUCUUGCAGCCUUUUGGCAAUGUAUCUAGCAGAUUGAUACAUCAUUGUUUUUAACAUUUGGGCAAGUAAGCUGCAUUCACUCUAGUUGUGUGAAGCCUUUUUGAUGCAAGUACAUCUGUUUAACUGGUUUCUGGGUCACACUGAAAGAUAACUUAAAUGUUGAUCAUAUUUGUGACGUUUCAGCCCAAGGUGGUUACUGACACUGAUGAGACUGAGCUUGCAAGACAGCUGGAAAGAUUGGAGCGUGAGAAUGCUGAAGUGGAUGGAGAUGAUGAUGCCGAGGAGAUGGAAGCAAAAACUGAAGACUAAAUUGCAUGGGAUUAAAGAAAAGGGUUGCAGUUAUACAAACAAACACCAGCCAGUGACAACACCUUUGAGUGAUAAGGUGUCUUGAUAUUGAAAACUCCACAAGAAAAGACUUUAAUAUUUUCGAAUUUUGAUGAGACCAAAUUUUGAAGAGACAAGAAACCAUCUGCUAUCUGCUUCAAAAGUGCUGCUUAACUUCCUCAAAGGGAAGAUGCUUCUCUCUGAAGAUGUAAUUCCCUUCCCCACAAUAAACCAGGCAUUGUCUAAAGGUUGUAUUUACUAUCUUCAUAUCUAAAAAAUCAAGAUGGGCAACCAUUCAGUAUGUCUGGUAGUGAGGUUUCUGGAAAUGAAACCAGUAUUCCUCCGCAGACUGUACUCAUGCAAAUAUUCAAUAAAUUUCUUGGAUAUUUAUCUA